AUGUAACUUAUCAAACCUACCUAUCCAUCAUGGGAACAGGUAACCAGUUAGACUGUUUACCUGUGCAAUGAUUCACUGUGCUGAACAGAAUGGAUGAGAUGAGUUGUAUAAAACAUUAGUAGUAGGAGCAUGAUAAACCGAUCUAGUCGUCAAAAUAUUUGUAAAAUAAUUUAUAGACUAUUUUGGAAUAAAUAAACAUCAAAAUUUAAAAGUGCUUAUGGAUAUUGUAUUUAAAGUGUUUUAAAUAAUAGUUAAAGUGGAGUUACAAGUUGAGCUCGUCUGAGAGUUUUAUUACAUGACAGUUUUAUUCAUCAGGGAUUGUAAAACCGUUUUCUCUUCAUUGGACUUUUAUUCAUCGGGGAUUGUAAAAAUGUUUUUAUUUUUUCUUCAUAGACUUUAAGAUGACAAAGACUUUAUAUUGUAGCACUUACAUUUGUUAGGAUUGUGUAAGUUUAUGUUUUCCAUUCAUAGGAUCGGAUAAACGGCAAGAGGGAAACAUGGAAUAUAAUAAUUAGAAAAAAAGUGAAGAUUUUUUUUUUCUUUUAUUCAUGAUCUAUGAUAUGAUCUUUUUUCUGAACUUUAAUACUUUAUAACUUUUUUUUUUGGAUUUUGUGUGUGGAUUUGUCUUGGAAGAAAUGAAAAUAGUCAAUUUUGAGACUUGAAGAAUUAAAAAAAUAUCAGUUUAUGAAUUUGAAUUGAAAUGAAGGGAACAAUGGAUUACAAAUUACUCCAGUAUAAAAAGGAUCUAAUUGACAUUUGUUCGGAAGAAUCAAAUGAGGAUAGUGACCAGUGUCCAGAGGAGUUAAUGGACAAUGGGCAGUGCCCACAGAAACUAUUGGAUAGUGACCAGUGUCAAACAGAAAGGGAACAAAAAGAAAUAAUCAGAAGUUCUAUGCAUUGGGAUGAAUUUUUUGGUUCAUCACUAGAGCUUGCGCCAGCUCUUUUAUCAAUAUAUGACAGUAUCGCUGCCAGGACAAAUGGUGGAAUCACAUGUAGUAUUACUAAUGGAAAUAAUCAAAACAAGAAAAUCAAUACAGACAAUCAGAGUUCUCCGGUAAAUGUGGAUGAUAAUGAUGAAAGCGUGGAUAAUCUCUGCAAAAUGGCAUCCACCUCAUCAAUUGUCAGUGUGGAUCAGGAUUGUAAGAAACGGCCAUUAAGUAUUAGCUCAAUGUCAUCCACAUCCUCAUCAUCGUUAACACGCCAUACACGUAAACGACCAAACUUAACUCCAUUUGAUCAGAGAUCUUCAGGUGACUUUGACGAUAAAAUAGAAUCCACCAAUAAUAAUUUUAGUGAUAGGUUGGACCAUCUAUUGUAUAUUGAUGAUGAUGUUCCGAGUGGAACGACAGAUGAGGAAAUGUCUGUGGAUACAGAUGCUGGGAGUAAAUCUAGUGCAGAAACAAACUGUGAACAAGUACUUACCCCUAGUCAGUCGAAAGAUAGUCUCAUAACUCCAUCCAGUUCAGCACAAACUCAGGAGGCACCAGAAACAAGUGUUCAGAUUCAGGACAGCCCAGAACCUGGUCUACAGAGACGGGACAGUACCAGUCCCCAAAAAUAUGUCUCUUAUGUUCAAAGAGUAGUUACAGAAAUUAUUGAAACUGAGAGAAUAUACAUCAACAAUCUUAAGGAUAUAUUAGAGGGUUAUAUGGGAUUUAUCAGGAAUUCUCCAGAAUUGAAGAUUUCUGAGGACCAUAUCACUGCACUGUUUGGUAACAUUGAAGAAAUCUAUGAUUUUGGAAAAGAUUUUUUACAUGACUUGGAAAUGUGUGGUGAUGAUCCAGUUAAAGUAGCUGAAUGUUUUGUGAAGAAUAAUGAUGGAUUUAGAAUUUAUGCUCAGUAUUGUACUAACUAUCCCAGUGCUGUAGAAGUAUUGACCAUGAUAAUGAAGGAUCCUGAUUUAUGUGAAAUAUUCAAACACCAGCAGUUGUCUCUAAACCACAAUCUACCCUUAGGAGCAUAUUUACUUAAACCUGUCCAAAGAGUUCUCAAAUACCAUCUUCUUCUACAAAAUAUUCUAAAGAAUUACAGUAAAUCUGAGCCUGGUCAUGACACCCUAACAAAAGCUAUGGAUCACAUGACCAGUAUGGCACAUCAUAUCAACGAGAUGAAACGUAAACAUGAACAUGCUGUAAGAGUCCAGGAGAUACAGAGUCAGUUAGAGGACUAUGACGGGGAGGAUCUUACCAGGCUCGGAGAACUUGUUUUAGAGGGAUCUUUUCGUAUUUAUGGUGCUAAAACCUCAAGACAAGUGUUCUUAUUUGAUAGAGGAGUUCUGAUUGGCAAGCGCAAAGAAGAUGGGAUGCUGCUUUGUCGGGUUAUGAUUCAGUGCUCUAACUUGAUGUUGGUGGAGAGUAUACCAAAGGAGCCAUUAAGUUUCCAAGUCAUACCCUUCGAUAACCCUAAAGGUUAUAUUACACUACAGGCUAGAAAUUUAGACACGAAGAGAAAAUGGUGCCAAGAAAUAAAAAGAUUAAUUAUUGAAAGUUUUAAAGGGAAAAUUCCUGAGAAGGUCAAAGGUCUUGUAAUGCAACUUGGUAAAAGUCGUGAAGAAGAGGCAGCUAAGUAUUCUACCGUAGAUUCACGUAGAAUUUCUCACCAGACUGCCCCUGAGUACCUAGAGAGGAGGCAAAGAUUGAGGAGGAAGUCAGGGACUGCUAUACUGACAGAUCUACUUAAACCACAGAGAGGAAAGAAAGGACAGAGAAGGGCAGAAUCAGUGAGUCCUAGAUCUAGUCCACCUCCAGAAAGAAAAGUAUUGACUCACUCUCCUUCCACGCCUAGUACUAGAGAGGUAUUAAAUAUUUCCAAUGUAGACACACCAACUUUACAUGUGCCUAAAUCUGUCUCACCGACAAAAGUUGGAAGAAGUAUUAGUUUUAGGCAGGCUUUAAAACGGCAGCCUUUGAGAUCUGUGGACUUUGGACCCUUAGACAACAAAGAGAAUACCUCACAAGUUAAACAAGAAACACCUACAUCAUCUAGGAGGUCUAAAAGUUUCAAACGUGCAACCAAAUUGAAACCAUUACUCUCAGUAUCUAAUGAUACAUUGGAAUCAAUUACUCCAAACGGUCAAGAACAGGAUGCAUUUUACACACCAUCAAAAAAAUCUGCUGGACUGGAGUUUUCCUUCUCUUCCCCAUCAACUCCAUCUGAAAAUUCAAGUUCACCUAAAACAUUUAAUAAAUUCAUGAGGAAUGAAACAGAAAAAUUGUGCAAUGAAAAUUCAGGGUCUUUGUCAAGGCACAGUCGAUAUUCUAGUAUGCCGGUAUUAAACACUAUGGAAUCAUCAUCUCCGUUAAUCCGUAAACAGAGAAAGUGUAGUGAAGAAAUCACUAGUCAGGAAAACUCUUCAAUGGGGAAGAAGAGGAUAUUUGAUACAAAAAUGUACUUUAAGAGGGCUGGAAAUAACAGUCCAGAUCUUAGGAGAAGAAAUAACUCCGUUUUGGCUUUUCAUGAUUCUUUCAUUAAGAAAUCAACAGAAAACUUAUCCAGGAAAUCAACAGAGAGUUUAUCACAAAAAGUGGGACCAAUAACUUUAACAAAACCUCGACCAUUUAUAUCAUCACCAUUUGAUAAGCCGAAAAAACAAAACAUUAAAAAGUCAAUAUCAUGUGGUGCUGAAUCAGGGGAGGUAAUCAACGAAGAUCCAUGGGAACGUAAGACCACAACACUCGUGGUCCCACAGAAUCAUACAAGGACCCAUUCUAUUGGGUGUGAAGGAGAUAUUGAUAAAAUGGACUGGCUUGUUUAUGCCAAUAGAAAUUCACUUCCUGUAAAUGGAUUUGACAUUGGACCAAAAUUGUAUAAAUAUUGUACUCCACCAAGAUCAACAAUGGAUUUAGCUCAGUCUCAAAUAAAACGUGAACAUUUACAGGGAGAUAACUCAGUUAGGAUACAAAAGGGAGAUAAUCAUUUAGAUUUCAUAAAACAUAUGUCUAAAGGAUUACACUUUCCGUCAGAUAAAUCAAAAUCAGACAAUUGUUUGGAUGACAAUUAUAUAAAUUCAGAAGAACUCAAUGAUUUCCCUAAUUUUGGUGCUUUACCCGUUGUAAAAGUUGCUAAAUCACAACCGAAAUUAAACAGAUCAAAUUCUAAUCCAACGUCAACAUUACAAAAACAUCCACUGAGACAUUUCAGUAGUCCUUCAUUAUGUGAUGAUCACCAUAUAGCCAAGGACCAUGAACAGAUUAUAGCAGAAAUGGAGGAUUAUUUAAAACGUUCAGAAUCCACAUCGACAGUCAGUUCGGUAAAAUUCCCUUCAAAUGUCACAAAUAACCCUGUAGAAAUUGAAGAAAAUAAACGAGAUUCUUGUGUUUCUAAUUUUUCGAACUCUUCCUAUGAGAGUACAGAUACAGCCCCAGGUUCCCCAGGUGUGGAUAACUUUAUGGGAUCACUGAAGCAUAAAAUACAUGAUUUAAAACAGAAACUGUCUCAUAGACGUUCUGGUUCCUAUGACAAUCGGGAUAGCUCUGAUAAUGAAUUGGACAAUGACAAAUUAAAACCUAAGGAAACCAGAUCAAGUUUGUUGUCUUUGUUUCAUAACAAGGCUAAGGAAGGUACCAGUACAAAUUUACAAACAGUUUUACAUGCUGGUGAUUGGGGUAGCCCUUCCAUAGGUCAAAGAAUGGCUGAACAGGAGCCGACCUAUUUUGACAUAACACUGUCUCUCACUCGACCAAAGGAUAAAAGUGAUCAAUAUAAAGUUGAUGUUAACGGUCAAACAAAACCUGCCAACAAUAUUCAAAUUGGAGAUUUGGAGGCUUCCGAAAACUUGCAUCUUCAAAACUGUGACUCUGCCUUCUCCAUACAAGGUGAUAUGGCUUUCGGUAAUAAUAUUGAUGAUUCACCUCGGAGCCAGAGUAGUGAUGAUAAAUCUGAAAUCAAAAGAUCAUUGUCAUCAACAGACAGUAUAUACGAGAAACAAUUUUCCAUUGCUUUUGAUGACGGGGAACCUUUUCGUGACUCUGCUGUGUAUUGUGAAAUGGACCCAGAUCAAAAUGCUACGAAAUCAGACUUAAAGUUACCCAAUCGUGUUCCUAUCAAAUCAUAUGUACAAAAAAUUGAGGAGAAAACUCAACCUAUUGCGAUUCCUGUAACUAAGGUAAAACAGAGAGAACCUGGUGCUAUUAUUAAAAAAAGACUGGAAAGUUUGCAUACAAAUUGUUUUAAGGCCAGCAGUCGGCCAUCUAGUGUUGAACGAGAACUCCGAUUCUAUAGCAGACCGUCAAGUGUUGAAAGAGAAUUACGAAUAUCUAGUCGUCCUGCAAGUGAAGAGAGACAAGUUAGAAGUGUAAGUGUUGAUAAAGAGUUACCUCCACGAUUGUCCGAAUUUGACCGACCGUCUCUACGUAGGGAGAUGUCCGAUGCCACUUAUCGUCUUCCAUCACUAAAUCGUUACAGUGAUGAGAUGUCUACGACCGUGUCCACUAGUAGACUUGACCAAUUGAACAUUGAUUUGAACAAUCUGAUUGUCAUGAGAGGUUGGGUAAGACAGUUGAUUGAUAAAUUCCAACAAUCUAAGAACUGAUUUGUGGUCAUGGUUACAUUUUUUAUGAAAUAGUUUAUAUUUAUUAUAUCACUAAUGUAUGUAAAGGUCCUACCAGCAUGCUUGUGAUUAGUAAUAGUGCUCCGUUGAUUUUUAUAAAUAUAUAGAAUUGUUGUU